AGUAAAGGAGGCUGACGGUGAAGUUAGCCCUUUCAGCUCUGCACUGAAACCUCUUCUCGCUGUGGUCACAUAUCCUGUCCCCCCCAAACUGAAAAAUGGCAAAUGCACAAGUUCCUGUUGCUACGGUCGGUCCACUGGGAGACAGCCCGGUUCAGAUCGCCUGUCCUAACUGCCAUCAGAUAGUCCUCUCCAAGGUGGACUACUCUGCUGGUUUGCUCACUUACAUUUUCUGUGGAGGGCUCUUCUUCUGUGGCUUUGUUUUAGGCUGCUGCCUCAUCCCAUUCUGUGUGGACCGCCUGAAGGAUGCCAAGCACACCUGUCCUAUCUGCAAGACUGUACUUGGGGUGUAUAAACGCUUAUAACUCAAAGACCUGCAUCAAUUUAUACAUGGCUUUUUGCAAACAAAACACACUUACAAAAGGUCACACUAAUGAACAUUUCCUUAUAAUUGAAUAACUGAUAAUCUUGUGACUAAUUUGCUGUUGGCGUACAAAUGAAAUUAGGUGACCUUUUUAACAAUUUCUCUCUCCAAACCUUUGAAUAUUAAAACACUGACACCAAGCAAAUAACAAGCUCCAAUGACUGUUUUAAGGCUGUUUAAAAUGUGUUUAUUAUUAAUCUCUCAAAUACAUUUUCAUAGUAAGACUAAAUAAAGAAAGUGCUAUCAUGAAAACUGCU